CUCAAGCUAAAUCAAGCUAGUAAUACACACCCAAUUCUCGAAUUCUCGUUCUUAAUUUUGUUCUUACGAUCCGCUCUGUGAACCGGAUCAUUUGGUGGAUUUAUUGUCCAUGAAAUUGGUGCUCUUGUUGAGAGUUCGAGAAUCAUACUCAGAAGAAAUCCUCCACAGAGACGAUGGUGCAAACACGCAGUAACGCCAAUAUAGGUACCGGAGUUCCCCAACAGGGGGAGAACAGCGCCACUGGAGGCCUGAACCCUCCCAUCACCACGGGGGAGGCUGAGGCCCUCAUCCAGAGGGUUAGGAUCACAGCCGAACAAUUCAAGGAGGUGCUGGUUGCACUUGCGCCCAACCGCGAGGUUGUGGUAGAAGAUGUGGCUGGGGACCCACAUGCGGGAAGGCUGAACCUGCGGGCUCCCAAGGGAAAAAGAAUAAAACUAGACGAAGAGGACGAGUCGUCCUCCUUUGAGCGGAUGUCUGCUUUUGACCGAUUAGGAGAUCCCAAAUCAAAGAAACCUCGGACCUCUGCGUUCGAACGGUUGCAAGACACUCGGUCGGCCCGGAAGGGCGACUUGAGGGACACGCUCAAGGAGAAAAGAGGGGAGUCCACAGCGACCUCCAAGAUCGGUUUUGAGGAGCAACGGACGUUGGUCGAGGAUAAGGGCGCAGCCGAGCUAUGGAGAAUGUACGAACAACUGGAGAAGCGGCCCCAGAACCCCUACCGCCAGGCGGUCUUCAGUGAGGUAACGCCCUUCUCCAGGAGGAUAAUGUCUUGUCCCCUCCCGGAUAAUUUCAAAACUCCCCAAAUCAAGGCGUACAACGGGACGACUGAUCCCCAGGACCACCUCGCUCGCUUCGGGGCAAACGUGGUCAUGUAUGCGUACCCGGAAGAAAUCAAGUGUCGAUGUUUCCUGGCGACACUAGAAGGGCAGGCUUGUGAGUGGUUUCACAAGUUACCCAAGGGGCCGAUAGAUAAGUGGAGCGACCUGGCCCACAAGUUCUUGGAGCACUUCGCAUCCAGCCGGAGACAAAAGCUCCCCUUCUCGCAUUUGCUCAAUGUGAGGAUCAGGAAGGGGGAACAGCUCCGGGAGUUCAUUAAUAGGUGGGAGAAGGAGGCUAGGGACGUCCAAGGGGCGGACGACCAAGCCCUGAUCGCCAUGCUCCAAGCUGCACUCCCCCAAGGGGAUGUGCGUAAGGAGCUGCGAUGGAAUCCUCUCUCGACCUAUCAAGAGAUGUUGGCCAGAGCGAAGUACCUGGCAUUGGAAGAAGAAGAUGAUGAGCCACCAGUCCGGAAGGAGAAGAAAAGCGGGCCACCGGUGGCAGAAGGAAAGAAGAGGAAGGACUAUAGUAAGGGGCCGAACCCCACCGGGUAUCAUGCAAACAGGCAUCCUGUUCAUGCGAUACAGUCGCUGCCUGCCCCUCUUCAUAGUCGGGAAAGUUAUGGUGUGCAAGAUGCACCCAAAUACUGCGAGUACCACCGUAACAGCACCCACAACACGUCGGAGUGCGUUACGUUGAAGAAAGAGACAGAUGAGCUGAUCGCUAGAGGGCCGCCUCCUCGGUCGGAGCGACCGUCCUCAGGUAACCGGACCUGGAGGAGGCCGCCAGCCCCCACGGCAGCGAUCACAGCAGGAGAGGGGCAAGAAGAUGGACGGCGGCAUCUAGGGCGAGAUUGUGACGAUCUAGAUGAGGAGGAGAGGCAAGGUCGCCGACACCUGGGGUGUCGGUUCAUCAUGGGAGGAAACACUGGAGGAGAUUCGGUAUCCUCCCGGAAGAAGUGGAAGAACAUGGUGUACCUGGCCGAGGUACAAAGGCCGCCGCUGCCUAAGCGGAAGAAGAAGGAACCUUUGAUCUUUACUGACGAGGAUUAUCCACCAGUCCUCAGCCCUCACAGGACGCUCUGCGACCUGAAACCAAUCCAUGCGCCGCUAUCAGGGUUUACCGGGGAUACUAUCGAGGCUGAAGGAACUAUCACGGUGAAGGCCGGGGUAGGGGAUGGCACCCACCGGCUCUGGAUCGACAUGGAAUUUAUGGUAGUGCAGCUUGACUGUGCACACCAUUUGAUUCUGGGGCGACCAGGGUUGGAGGAUUUGGAGUGCGUAAUCUCCCUCGCGCAUUUAUGCUUAAAGUUCAACACUCCCACAGGGGUGGGAGUAGCAAAGGGGAACCAGAGCCUGUCACGGUCGUGCUACGUCAGGGCGACCAAAAGCCAAGCCCGAGUCGACAAAAAUGUGAGCACGAUCUGUGCGGCGAUCCAGAAGGAGGAGGGGCGACCCCGAGCUGAGCCGGCGGAAGAGGUCGAGGAAGUUUCUUUGGACUCGGUUGAGCCAGAGCGGAAGGUGAAGGUAGGUAAAACCUUACCGCUUGAAUUAAAGGAGCAGUUAUUGGAGGUCCUCCGAGCAUUCAAGGUGCUAUUCGCUUGGGGACCAGAGGAUAUGCCAGGGGUCGACCCAAAAAUCAUCUGCCAUAGAUUGGCAGUGGAUCCGACCCACAAGCCGGUCAAACAGAAGAAGCGUUUCCUUUCCUCAGAACGGAGAGAGUUUGUCACCAAGCAGGUGACCACCCNUAAAGGAGCAGUUAUUGGAGGUCCUCCGAGCAUUCAAGAAUUUAAGCCGCGACCGGCGAUAAAGGGGCAGGCAUUAGCAGAUUUCGUGGUGGAGUGCACUGCGAGAGAGGUAGAGCCCAAUGGAGAAGACCCCGAAAGGAAUUGGUGGACUGUGUAUACCGAUGGAUCGUCCGCGACUGAUGCUUCGGGGGGAGGUGUCGUAGCGAUAUCACCAGAAGGAUUCAAGGCGUACUACUCCGUGAGGUUCCGGUUUAAAGUCUCGAACAAUGAGGCUGAAUAUGAGGCGCUACUUUGCGGCUUGAGGUUGGCAGCUUCAUUAAAAGCUAAGCGAAUCCAAGUCCGGUGCGAUUCCAAGCUAGUAGUAGGCCAUGUCACUAGAGAGUUUGAGGCCAAGGAUGAGCGGAUGAAGAGGUAUAGAGACACCGCCCUGGAGUUGCUUAAAGCAUUUGGGGCAUACCGGAUAGAACAGGUCCCUCGAGAAGAGAACGCUGAGGCAGAUAUCUUGUCAAAACUUGGCCCGGAUUCCCCAGAUCAUAUUAGGGCGAUGACUCAGGAAGAAGAAUUGCUCGAACCAAGCAUCAGUCCCGGACAAGUGUUGAUCAUCACUCUCAGAGAGGAGCCGGACUGAAUUGAUGAGAUUACCAUGUACAUCCUCGACGGGUCGCUACCUACCGACCCAAUCGCAGCAAAGGUGGUAAAGCGACGUGCACCCAGCUACACGCUGGAGUGCGGU